AUGGGGGACACCAACAUCGUGCCGGUUCGAGUACAAAAUGUACUCGAUAUGGAGAUUGUUCGACUCAAACUCUGGUCAAUUCAGUUUGAUGGGAGUAUCCGACUCGAAGGAUUUGUGAGGAAUGAAGAUGGCACAAUGAUGCAAAAAGUUUGUUCCGAACCCAUUUGUAAACGAAUGACCGCUACGAUGCUUUUCGAUAUAUCCGGUCGAUUUUUUGAGUUAGCUGGACAAAUCGAUAGAGAAUAUCAGCAAAAGAAGGGAAUGCCCAGUCGAGUUAUCGAUGAAUUCACAAAUGGUUUCCCUGAAAACUGGGGAUUUCUCAUCAAAUCAUGUCUCGGAAAUGAGUCAAGAAGUGUCAUGAGACCAAUACAGGCGGCACCGAGAGAACCAUUGAGACAGAGAAAUGAGCCUAUAGUGACUCUCGCCGAUGAGACUGAGCUGAAUCUUCGAAAGAAUUCUGAUGAUUUGGAAGCUGAAAAUAAUAGAAAACGGAGGGAAAGAGAGGAACAAGCGGAGAGAGAACGACAGGAAAGAUAUCGAGCUGAUGAGAUGGAGAGAGAACGAAUUGCUGCGGAGAAAAAACGACAGGAGGAAGAGGAUGCUGAUUAUACUUUCCGUGCUCCACAAUCUCAGAAUGGAGAACCGAUCACUCCGAUACGAUUCAAACGAGGAAAUGGGCAGAGACAAGGGGUUACGAGAUCGGUUUUCGAGAAAACUCCGCAGAGAGGGCAGUCAUCUUCUGGUCCACUUGCUGCAUCAACUCCUCAAGCUCCACCCCCUCAGCCGACUCGACAAUGCCAAUCUAACAUCGAAAAUCGAGAACCACCACCACGAGUCGCAGCUCCACCAUCCCCAAUACGUCAACCACCAGCUCCUCAACCACCGAUUCGUGAGCCUCAAUUCGCCAACGAUGACGAUUUAUUCGCUGUUCCGAAAAUACCGCCACCAAAGAUUUCUCGUGGAUCCGCUGGAAAUAGCGGAGGAAAUAUAGAUUUCCUUGAUGAAAUGGAUGCUCUAUUCGAUACGGUUUACAUAGAUAAAACUCCGAAGAGAGAUGUCAAACCGAAGCGACCAGCGUCUCCAUCUCCGGAACGUCGUCGUUAUUCUCCUAUGCCAAGAGAUCGGGAAAUGGGAUAUAAUGAUGAGUUCGAAUCGUCACGUCGUGGUGGAAGAUAUCCGAGUGAAUCGAGUAAUAUGAGUCGGAUGAGCAGACGGGAUGAGACGUACAGAAGAAAUGAUGGAGGAAUGGGAAGGGAUGAGUCGAGAAUGAGUAGAAAGAGGGGAUAUGACCAAUCCCCUGACGAUAUGGAAUACCAACGUCGACGUGAAGACCAUUACCGCCGUCCUGACUACUAUCCUCCUCGUGAUUCACGACAAGAUUCUAAGCGAUACCGCCCACGAGAGAAUUCCUCGUCUUCUGGAAGAUCCGCAUCCGUUCGAUUUGCAGAUGACUAUCAGAGAAAUCGUGGAAAUCCAAAAAACUUCCGAGAUUCUGAAGACUCUUUUUCACGAGACCCACGAUUCUAUUACGAGAACAACCGAAGAGGAGAACCGCCUGAAUACCGUGAGGAUACCCGCAAGCUUAACGAUAUUUUGAGAAAAGAGAGGGAAUUGGUGGCACGUCUUCAGAAUAUUAAGAGCAAUACGACGACAAACACCAAUACUACACGUCGAGUAACGUAUUCAUCUGAAGAGGAUGAAAUGGCUGAUGAAUGGGAACGAGAGAAUCAAGAGAUUAUGGAUAACUCGAUGAUGUUCGGAGAUGGAAUUUCCAAAAAGGGGAGGAGAAGUGGACCAGGGCGUCCUCCGCAGAGAAAGCCGAAAGAACAACCGAAACCAAAAUCCCAAUCCCAGCCAAAACGCCGAAACCAAAAUCAAUCGAAACCGAGACGUUAUGAUCCAGUGGAAACCGACGAUCUGAAUGAUAGUAUCGCCUCGAAUCGUCCUCGCCGUGCGUGUGUAACCCCGUCGCCAGUGGUUCCGAAGAAAAUCAUUUGGCCAAAGAAAGAUUUGGAUCGAUUGAAACGAACGAUUGAGGUAAAGAAACCGACUGGAUCAGAGGCUGAUUGGAUUGAAAUUGCGAGACUUUUGGCGAAAAAUGGCGUUGAUGGAGAAGCAGUGAAACAGGCGGCGAUUACAAAACUGAAAUGGAAGGAGCCGAGAGAUCAGGAGACGAUUCAACGAGAAGAAGAAGAAGAGACGAAGAGAAGACGUGGAGUGAAUGCGAGAGUGAAGGAAGGAGUGAAGUUGCAGGAGGAAUUGAGAAGAGGAGCGACUCAUCAGAAGAGAGCUGAAGACGUGAGAGUUGAGACAACGGCAGAAGACAUCCAACCAGAUGAUUUGGCUGCUGAUCAGUCGUUGUUGGCUAUGGCGACACCGGUGGCUACGAAGAAGAGAGGAGGAACUAGAGCAUCGAUUAUGCCGAUGCCUGUGGAGGAUUCACCGAUUGUGAGGGGAUCCAGAAACAACUCCACAUUCAACUCUCCAACUCUCAACCAGACGAAAGCCAAAGAAGUCGAGACGACACUCCGAUACGUCCAUCAGUUGUCAAUGGUUCAGGCUCGACCGGCUUCUCGAAACAAUACUUCUUAUAUGAAUAAGUCUUCGACUCGCGGUGGUGGCAGCAAGAACACAAGUAUGUCACUGGAACAAGGAGUCAAAAAAGCGAUGAAAAUAAUCAAUCGUGGAACUACAAUACAUGAGGAUGAUGAAGAAGAGGAGGAGUCGGAGACGGAAGAUGAAGAUAACUCCGAAGAUUUGGAAGAGUAUUAA